AUGAAAGUGAUGGAUUUCGAUUCGCUACUUGCUGAGGUCGGCGAUUUUGGUCCAUUUCAAAUCAUAUUAUUUUUUGUAAUAUGUUUACCGGCAAGUUUACCAUCCGCAUUUUCGGCUUUCAACCAACCAUUUGUUGUUGGUCAACCGGAUCAUCGAUGCCGAUUACCAGAAGGACGCGAUGAUUUAAGUCCAAUAAG